AUGUCUGUUGCAGAGUAUGCCGUCAAGUUUCAAUCCUUGUGUAGGUUCGCACCACACUACAAUACUGUUGAGGCUGAGCAUGAUAAAUGUGUGAAGUUUGAGAGUGGUUUGAGGCCUGAGAUUAAGCAUUUGAUCGGAUUUUCUGAGAUUAGAGACUUUCCAACAUUGGUAAACAAGAGUCGUAUAUGUGAUGAAGAUGGAAGAGCUAGAGCGAACCACUACAAGAUGGCUAAUGAAAAGAAAGGCAAGGAUGGGAACCGUUGGAAACCUUAUGACAACAAGGGGAAAAGGAAAGGUGAAAGUAGUGGAAAGAAAACUACUGAGAAUUAUGAUAAGGAGAAAGUUAAGUGCUAUAGGUGUGGAGGAUUUGGUCACAAAUCUUUUGAGUGCAAGAAAAAUGUUGUAUGCUUCAACUGCAAUGAAGAAGGUCACCAGAGCCCGAAAUGUAAGAAGCCUAAGAAGAAUGGUGGAAAGGUCUUUGCUUUGGAUGGUGGUGACGCGAAUGUAACAGAUAACCUUAUCAGAGGUACGUGUUUCAUUCAUGAUACUCCUUUAUGUGCCAUCAUUGAUACUGGAGCUACACAUUCCUUUAUUUCUAUUUGGUGUGUGAAGCGUCUUAAUCUAGAAACUACUGUUAUGUCGAAAUGCAUGGUAAUAGAAACGCCGGCUAGUGAUUCGGUUAUGACUAAGCUUGUAUGUGUUAAUUGUCCGGUAACUAUUUUCGGUAGACAUUUUGGUAUGGACCUUACAAUAAUUUUCCCUAAACCGUAUGAGAGUCCGAAACCAAACCUUAUGGGUAGUAGUGAAGUGAUUAGAUCCUCGAAGGAGCACGCAGAAAUGUUUGUCAUGAUUGUCUCACUGAAGUUAGUAGGGCAGUCAGAAGUGAGUCAAUUACCUGUUGUUUGUGAUUUUCCGAACGUUUUUCCUGAAGAUGUAUCAGAUUUACCACCUGAGAGGGAGGUUGAGUUUAGUAUUGAAGUAGUGCCUGGUACUAGUCCGAUAUCUAUGGCGCCGUAUAGAAUGCCAGCAUCAGAGUUAGAGCAAUUAAAGAAACAGUUGGAGGAGCUUUUGGAAAAGAAAUUUAUUAGACCCAGUGUAUCACCUUGGGGUGCACCGGUACUUUUGGUAAAGAAGAAGGAUGGAAGCAUGAGGCUAUGCAUAGAUUAUCGACAGUUGAACAAAGUGACAAUCAAAAAUAAGUAUCAAUUGGUAGUGGGAACGGAUUGA